AUGAAGAUUGUCAUUAAGAUCUUCGACCACGAAUACUACCCGCACACAGUUACUUUCCCCGGAUCUUACACCCAUUACCAGCUAGCCGAUCAACAUCUGAGCCGAGAGGCAUCUGCUUUGCGCUAUAUGCACAGAGCUGGGAGGGAUGAGAAUGGGAAUGAGCUCCCGGGGAAGCUCCGACUCACUGGCGGGCACAAUCUCACACCUGAGUAUUAUGAUACCUGGGCAAUCGCUCUAAGCUCCGCGGACGAAUGGCGAUACGCUGGUGCUGUGGCUAUGGAGUACAUCGACGGAGUUUCCAUGGAUGACCUCUGCACACGCGAAGACGAGGACUCUAUGCGCGUCUAUCCGAUGGCCGAACCACAGCCCUUGUAUGAUGCUGACGAGAACGAGACACAUGGCUACCUCGACAUGGGUGAGAAUAGUCGCCUGAAAGUCCUUGCCGACAUCCUCGGCGGGUUCGUGGAGGGCUACAGCUUCGGGGUCAACCACGGAGAAUACGAGCUUGGUGAUUUCAUGAUUACCUAUCUGUCCCACGGAAAGAAGCUACGAGCCCCAAGAGUGGUCAAGCUGAAUUCCAAGUUCUGCCAAGUGUGGUGUAUGACCCGUAUGGCAAAGAUUCAGCGCUGGAGCGACAAUGAACAGCUUCCGUACCCCGUCCAUCCAGCCGACCACUUCACUCUUCGCGAAAUCGUCGACUUUUGUGGCUGGUGGCCGUAUGAGUGGUGGAACGACGAGUCACAAUUUUACGCGUGGCUUGUGAAGGAAUUUGGACCGAUGGAAGAAGGCUUCGCGCCCUGGUAUCUCUCUUUGUACGCUACUCUAGAGACAGGGAGGAGAAAGAGCGCGGCAGAAGCAAUGCCGUUCGCGAAUGAGGAUUCGAUCGAGGAUCUAUCCUAG